GCUAUUGGCCCAUUCUCUCCAUCUUACUUUAAUUUCCCCUACCCUAUCCUGUACUUGGCUACAGAAAGUGGCGAGCCAGCCAGGAGGGUUUGCCGAGUUGUUAGUCCACCCAAAAUUUAAUAAAACAAUUAAGAGUGCCUGGAGCUUCACAGUGACUUGUAUUUUUUCUAUUGGCACUUUUACGUGUCCAAACCAUGGAAGUUGUGAAAACAGAGAAUGUUAAAGUUCAAAAUGCUGUCUUGGUCAGUGGUUUAACUAACACAGACAUUGAUAAAGAAAUAAUUGAGUUCUUAGAAGCUUUCGGUCCUGUCAGUAGGCAGAUUAAGCUACCAACUGGUGGUCAGAUUAUUGUGGAAUUUCAACAUGAGGCUACUGCUAAAGAACUAGAGAAAAGAUAUUUGCCUUAUGACAGACCUUGCACUGUGAAACCUGAAGUUGUCUAUCACAUUCGAGACCUAGCCAGUGCGUAUAGCAUUGAAACCAGCGCAUCAGCUACUGUAACUUACCUGUCACAGCUCAAAGAUGUGGCAGCACGAAGCAACCGAUCGUUUAAAGACCUUUUGAUGGAUGAACUAGCUAAAAUUGGGGAGUCAUUGGGAGGGGAUGUUCACACAGUUGAGCCUUCCACUGAACAAGAGCAAGUGCCCUACAGUGAUGAGGCCCUACCUUCUCCCCCUUUAACACCCAAUAGCAACCAUGUAAGUGCCUUGAAUACUCACCCACCGGCAGAGGCUGAGAAACAAACCCCUCAGAUUCCCACCAACCUUUUAAGCACACCUGAAGUGCAGCGGGUUAUUGUAGAGCAUAUUGUUAAAAGCAGUGAAGUUAUUCCCCCACCAAACUCGCAAUACAGACUGAAACCUUUUUCAGGGAGAGUUCCACAUCCUCCUUUCGAAACUGACUAUGACACUUGGCGCAGCAGCGUAGAGUUUUGCUUGACUGAUCCCUCGCUCACCGAAACUCAAGUUGUGCGAAAGAUUGUUGAAAGUCUUUCACCCCCUGCAGCGGACCUGGUGAAAGCUCUUGGUCCAAAAGCAAACCCCAAAACUUACCUUGAACAUCUUGAUUCUGCCUAUGCAACUGUAGAGGACGGUGACGAACUCUUUGCUCGCUUCUUAAACACCAAUCAAAAUGGAGGUGAAAAACCCUCACAUUACCUGCAAAGAUUGCACACAGUGUUAAACCUAGUCAUAAAAAGAGACGGAAUUGCUUCUAGUGACAUCAAUAAACAGCUCCUGAGACAGUUUUGUAGAGGGUGUUGGGACAGCUCAUUGAUUGCAAACCUUCAACUUGAACAAAAGAAAGACGACCCACCUCAUUUUGCAGAGCUACUCCUCCACCUACGCACCGAGGAGGACAAACAGGCAAGUAAAGCAACCCGCAUGAAACAACAUUUGGGGAUCCAAAAGACUCGUGUUUAUUCUAACGUGCAAACCACACGCUCUCAAGGUAGGAACGAUUAUGAGCAUGAAAUGGACAGCAAUUCGUCUGACCUCCAGAAGCAAAUUGCUGACCUUAGGUCUCAAAUCGCACAGCUCAGAGCUGAUAAAACAGAGAAAAGAUCGCAGAAACUUCAAAGGGAAGCAAAAAGGAACACAAGUACCAAAACUCAGAACAAGCCGGGACAGGUACCACAAAUUGCUGCAGUGUCAGCCAAACCCAAACCUGGAUACUGUUUCAAGUGUGGAGAAGAUGGUCAUAUCGCUUCCAGCUGUAGUAAUGAUCCCAACCCAGCAUUAGUAGCAGCUAAAAGGAAUGCCCUCAGACAGAAGCAGCGAGAAUGGGAAAUAUCCAGACCAGUUGAUGAGUCAUUUAAUUUAAACUAGAAGGAGCCC